CUCCUAGCCGGGCUGCCGCGGGGCUCCGCCUCGCCGGGCUACGCAGGCGGCGGGGCUGCGGCACGGGCCGGGCAGCACCAUGGCGGCGGCGGCGCCUGCUGCGGCGGCGGCGGCGGCGGCUUCUUCCGAGGCGCCGGCGGCGACGGCGACGGGCGAGCCCGAGGCCGGAGACGAGGACUGUCGCGAGGUCCGGGUGCUGCAGAGCCUGCGGGGCAAGAUCUGUGAAGCGAAAAAUUUACUGCCAUAUCUUGGACCCAACAAAAUGAGAGAUUGUUUCUGCACCAUAAAUUUGGACCAGGAAGAAGUUUAUCGUACACAAGUUGUUGAAAAGUCUUUAAGCCCAUUUUUCAGUGAAGACUUUUACUUUGAGAUUCCAAGAACUUUCCAGUAUUUGUCUUUCUAUGUUUAUGAUAAGAAUGUUUUACAAAGAGAUCUUCGUAUAGGAAAAGUGGCCAUCAAAAAAGAAGACUUAUGUAAUCACAGUGGCAAGGAAACGUGGUUUUCACUACAACCUGUUGACUCCAAUUCAGAGGUGCAGGGUAAAGUUCACCUUGAAUUAAAACUGAAUGAACUGAUAACAGAGAAUGGAACCGUGUGCCAGCAGCUUGUUGUACAUAUCAUGGCGUGCCAUGGAUUACCUCUCAUCAACGGACAGAGCUGUGACCCGUAUGCGACCGUGUCUCUCGUGGGCCCUUCUAGGAAUGACCAAAAGAAGACCAAAGUAAAGAAGAAGACAAGCAACCCGCAAUUCAACGAAAUCUUUUAUUUUGAGGUCACCAGAUCCAGCAGUUACACCAGGAAGUCCCAGUUCCAGGUGGAAGAGGAAGACAUUGAAAAGCUAGAAAUCAGGAUCGACUUGUGGAACAAUGGAAACCUGGUCCAGGAUGUCUUCCUCGGUGAGAUCAAGGUUCCAGUGAAUGUCUUAAGGAAUGACGGCCCUCAUCAGGCCUGGUACUUACUACAGCCAAGAGAUAAUGGAAACAAGUCAUCUAAAACUGAAGAGCUGGGGUCUCUUCGGUUAAACAUCUGCUACACAGAAGACUGUGUGCUUCCUUCAGAGUACUACGGGCCUUUGAAAACUUUGCUGCUAAAAUCACCAGACGUUCAGCCGGUCUCUGCCUCCGCUGCUUACAUUUUGGGUGAAAUCUGUCGAGACAAGAACGAAGCUGUCCUGCCCCUCGUGCGGCUGCUGCUGCAUCACGACAAGCUGGUGCCCUUCGCCACGGCGGUGGCCGAGCUGGACUUGAAGGAUACACAAGAUGCAAACACAAUUUUUAGAGGAAACUCCCUGGCUACCCGAUGUCUGGACGAGAUGAUGAAAAUAGUGGGAGGGCACUACCUGAAAGUGACGUUGAAACCCAUCCUGGACGAGAUAUGUGAAUCCUCUAAACCCUGUGAAAUCGACCCUAUUAAACUGAAAGAGGGAGAUAAUGUAGAAAAUAAUAAGGAGAAUCUGCGCUACUAUGUGGACAAGCUGUUCAGCACGAUUGUCAGGUCGAGCCUGAGCUGCCCCACGCUGAUGUGUGACGUCUUCUACUCUCUGCGGCAGAUGGCAACGAAAAGAUUCCCUAAUGACCCUCAUGUUCAGUACUCUGCAGUGAGCAGCUUUGUAUUUCUCCGUUUCUUUGCUGUAGCCGUAGUGUCACCUCAUACUUUUCAUUUGCGACCUCAUCAUCCAGAUGCACAAACAAUUAGAACAUUGACUCUCAUCUCCAAAACGAUUCAGACCUUGGGAAGCUGGGGCAGCCUGUCCAAGAGCAAGUCAAGUUUCAAAGAGACAUUCAUGUGUGAAUUUUUCAAAAUGUUUCAAGAAGAAGGAUAUAUCAUAGCAGUUAAAAAGUUCUUGGAUGAAAUUUCAUCUACUGAAACGAAAGAGUCCAGUGGUACAAGUGAACCAGUGCACCUGAAAGAAGGUGAGAUGUACAAAAGAGCUCAGGGAAGAACUCGGAUUGGAAAGAAGAAUUUCAAGAAGCGGUGGUUCUGCCUGACCAGCAGAGAGCUCACCUACCACAAGCAGCCAGGUAAGUUCAUUGAACGCAAAGAUGCAAUUUACACAAUUCCGGUGAAGAACAUCCUUGCCGUGGAAAAACUGGAAGAGAGCUCUUUCAACAAGAAAAAUAUGUUCCAGGUCAUCCAUACGGAGAAACCACUCUACGUGCAAGCCAACAACUGUGUGGAAGCCAACGAGUGGAUCGACGUGCUGUGCCGCGUGAGCCGGUGCAACCAGAACAGGCUCAGCGUGUACCACCCCGCGGCGUACCUCAACGGAAACUGGCUCUGCUGCCAGGAGACGAGUGAGAGCACCCUGGGCUGCAAGCCGUGCACGGCCGGCAUCCCCGCGGACAUCCAGAUAGACAUCGACGAGGACAGAGAGGCAGAGAGGAUCUAUUCCCUUUUCAGCCUCAAUAUGCCAAAGCUGCAGAAAAUGGAAGAGGCCUGUGGAACCAUCGCAGUCUAUCAGGGGCCUCAGAAAGAGCCUGAUGACUAUUCCAACUUUGUCAUUGAGGAUUCUGUGACGACCUUCAAGACCAUUCAGCAAAUAAAAAGCCUCAUAGAGAAGUUAGAUGAGCCUCAUGAAAAGUACAGGAAGAAAAGAUCAAGUAGUGCAAAGCUUGGGAGCAAGGAAAAUCCAAUCGUUGGGAAGACCUCUUAAGAUUUAACCAGUCGAUGCAGAAGAACUGGAAAUAUUUUUGUUGGCAUUUUUUGAUUUGUCAUAUUUUGUUCAGAGUAUUUAAGAAUGAACAUUGACUUCCACGUCACCCACAUUUACAUUGUAUUUAAUAUUUAAUAACAGAUUACUGGGGAAUCUUGGUAUUGAUGUAUUAAUAGAGAAAUUGAAAUCCAAGAAUCCCUUCCUAUUUUGUGUCAAAAGCCAUGGUUCUGCAAUUUUUUUAAUAGAAAGAAUCUUCUCUAAAGAAGCUUUGUAACAAAAAGAAAACUCCACAGCAAGAAACCGUCUCUCCUGUAACACUCUGUGUUUGUUCCGUGGACUCUCACUACCAUUAGUGCCUGCUCUAUACUGCCAACAUCGUGUUCAGCUAGGAGACCCCCGUCCGUGACACACCAGAGCUUUCCGUGCAGUUCAUCUAGACCCUCCCUCUGGAAGAACGAAGGAAACGGAGAGACAGAGUCCUUGGCUCCACCGUUCAUCGCAGCUCACCAGGGGGCCGGCAACCGGAACUCGAGGCUGCUGCCGGGGGUCCACGGGGGUCGCUGGAUCGUGGCCUCUUUGGAGGGGUCAGCCGAGAGCGCCUCCGUGGAGGGAAGCAGGGAAUACCCCGGGUGCGGGCAGCUCGUGGACACGUGGAAUGAGUGACGGACGGCGAGGAAAGAAUGGGAGCACUGAACGCUUUCUCCUGGGCUGAGGCAUUAGGUACUCUUUGGGGUUGGUUGGUCAGUUGGUGAGCGUUCAGGUGAGCGUGCCCGCGGAGGCGAGCCUGCAGGACGGUGGCAGGGGACUCUCCGGACCUCACCGAGCCUGCCGGCUCCCUCGAGGGGCCACCUGGCGGGAAGUUGAGGGAACAGUCACUCGGCGCACUUUACUAAUCUGGCAGCCCCAGAUUAUCCUUGAUACUCCAUGGUAUCAAAUCUUUAUGAUCAGUUGAAUGAUCACUGUUUGUCUAGAAAUACUGCUACUCUGAAAAUGUUUGUAGUUUGUUGCUGUUUCCUUAUUGCCCGCUAAGCCAAAUGGGAUUUGGGCGAGCAACUGUUCGAAUCGUCGGUUCCCCGAAUUUUACACGCAUCCUAAAACCUUAAUGGACAUCAGCUGCCUACGCAAGUCGCCCUCCCGCAGAGGGGAACACUCGUACACCGUCAGUAUUAAGCCCAUGGUACUCUUGUCUUUUAGCAAACAUUUUCGAAAUGUGGUACUUCAGACCUUAGACUAUUUACACGUGUUCCUGUUGAAAACUGUGACUUAUUAUUGUAAGUCUAGCUCGUAGUGCUUGUUUUUGGUUUUGUUUCUUUCCCUGAGCAUAAGCUAUAACUCAGGCUGUAUUUGGCCAAUCACGUCGUUGGUGUUUUUAAUAACAUUCUUGCUCUGUCAAUGAAUGGUAACUGCAUAAUAGGUUUCUCUCCAUGCUCGUACCCUCAGCUGUUCGAUGUAGGAAUCAGCGCUCGAUGGCACCUGGGACGGGUCCCUGGUCCGUUUUAGAGAGAAGUUUGCUGGAGUCCCGUAGAUGUAGAUUGCAUCUGCUCCACUGUAACCGUGAAUGUGAAUGCUCCUGCCCUUUUAAUUAAUUGCUCCUUGCUGAAUUUCAUUAGAAGUCCCUGCAGAGUACCCGUGAGCGUGGCCAGGUACCCCUCAUCACUCUCGGGCUUGCUUGUUUAGUCCUGUGGUUUCAGGGGAGGAGGCUGACUGGCUCUAAUGGCAGAGCCAUCCUUUCCUUUCUCAAGGUCACGGCUGGAUUCCCCUGGGAAGGGAAGAGACCAGCUAGCUGGUCGUUUCAAAUCGCCAGUGGGGCCAGAAUCAACCCCUUGGCAGAGUCUAAAACGUCCUGUGAAUGUUAACGCAUCGUAGUUGCUGAGAUUCCCCGGAAAGCAUCACCUCCGCCUGGGUCCGCAGGCUGGGCCGGUGCUUCGUCCUCACAGGCCGCCUCCCUGAGGAGGCCUCAGGCUUUUGCCACCCAAACCUGCUUCUCGGCCUUUUCCUCACUUGAAAAAUUACUCGGCAGCUCACUCACCCUUCCAGCCUGAACGCCCCGAGGAGCGAGGACAGGGGGACAGGGAGAACUCUCGCUGUCAGAGGCACUUCCGGGUCUCACUGCAGCCAUAUCCAUCUGUGUAGUGUGUGGUCAGUGUGUUGCUUGCGUUGUUGUUGUUGUUGUUGUUGUCGUCGUUGUUUAACUUUGUUUUUGUUUCAAUACUCAUUUAGUAAGACAAUGGUCAACAGCAGUUAACGUUGCUUCUGGUAUUUUCUUUUCAACUCAAAGGAGAUAGUGUAUCUAACUGAGCUAUUUUAUUUGCCAAAGAAAUGUUUAUAAUAUCACGGGUAAAUAGUUAAGUGUCAAAACUCGACUCCUUAUUCUAUAUACAUAUAUUUUUUAAAAAAUAAAAAGGAAAAAGUGACAAUGCGACAUUUGUUUCUGAAGCCUGAGUCCUUUCUGUCAGCUUCGGGAGAGCAUCCCUCGGGCCCUGGGACUCCGUGGACCCUGCAGGAUUAAUAAUAGCGGCUUUCAUUUUUACUAACUUGGAAAUGACUGUGUUGCUAGGAAAUACAGAUUUUCUACAGUGUCCAGUUCAAAAAAAUGUAAGUUAUCAAAACCUUAGUGAACUUGUGUGACCAUGUUGUAUUGUUCAGAAUGUAUUUUUAUUUAAAUUUUAUUUUCUUAUCAAGAGUAUUAUAAAAAUUUAAAACUUUUGUAACUGUCGCUUGAAAAUAACUCAAAUAAAUUACAAGGAGCCUGUC